AUGGCUCUGACUCGCCGCGGCCAGGUUGCGGAGAGCAAAGGGCGCCUUCGGAUCUGCUCUAAGUCUUUGAUUUUCCAGCCUGAUGAUGUUGGAGCUUCCAUCCUGAAGUUUCCUUAUCGAUACGUGCGAAGCAUCGAGAAUCCCGCCGAUGGCAGCUGCUUCAAUAUCGAGUGCGAUCAGUUCAUUCAGGUUGCGACGAAGACGGGAGGAGCAGAGACACGGAUCGUGACGCCUUUCACCAUUCUGAAGAGCAAGUUCUCGCCGAGCUUCCAGGUGCACUACGCCCGUGCGUCGGACUAUCGCCAGCUCGUGGAGCGCCUCCGGGGUGCGGCGUCUUCCGGCGCCUUCCACACGGAGGUGCGGCGCAUCCUUGCUGAGGUCACAGCUGACGUCCAGUUUGACUUGAGCCGCCUGGGCCACCGGGAGACAGCGUUGCUUCCCGGUGGCCUGUGGGUGCGGCAGGUGGAGCCUUUGCUGGAGGUGAGGGGCCUGCUCCAGCUCUCCACGGAGGGUAUCUACUUUCAGCCGCACCCGAACUUCUCCUCGGAGCCGGUGAAGCAGGUGCUGCUGAGCGACGUGCUCCACGUGUUUCGCCGCGUAUAUGGUGUGCAGGCCAACGCCCUCGAGAUCAUCACCGUGCAUGGUGGCUGCCUGUAUUUGUGCUUCGAGGCUCGAGGUGAGUGUGAGCAGGUGUCCUCGCUGCUGGAGGAGCAGCGGCGCGUGCUUGCUUCCCAAGGCACAAGCCCCUCUGCACAGCUGCUGAGGUCUACGCUGACCGAUGCAGAGAACAUCCUGCAGAACGUUCGCAAGAUGACCGCCCUCUGGCAGAGUGGAUUGCUCUCAAACUUCCACUACCUAGACUUCCUGAACUGCGCGGCGGGGCGGUCCAGGAACGACUUCUCCCAGUAUCCCGUCUUUCCCUGGGUGCUUGCCGACUACAGCAGUCCACAGCUGAAUCUGGAGGACGUGCGCUCCUACCGCGACUUGACGAAGCCGGUGGGAGCGUUGUCCGAGAAGCGCUUGAGCUACUUCCGCGAGCGGAUGGCCGGCAUGGACGGGGAGGACAAGUUCCUCUAUGGGACGCAUUACUCCACCCCUGCAUAUGUGAUUUACUGGCUGCUGCGAGCUAUGCCGGAGAGAAUGCUGCGGUUGCACAACGGGCACUUCGAUGCUUGGGCGCGGCUAUUCCGAUCUGUGCCGGAGUCGUGGCAAUCCGUAAACGAAAGCACUGCUUCGUUGAUGGAAUUGAUUCCGGAGUUCUUCGUCCUCCCGGCAGAAUGGUUGGAGAACUCUUUGAGCAUCGUCACACCGGAGUUCCCCUUGGGCGAUGUGGCUCUACCGCGCUGGGCAUCCAACGUUAGCGACUUCAUCAGCAAGAUGCGUGCGGCUCUUGAGAGUGAGCACGUUUCGCAACACCUGCCUUCCUGGAUAGAUCUGAUCUUCGGCUUCAAGCAAUCCGGGGAUGCAGCGGUGAAGGCGGAUAACCUUUUCCACCCUGUGUGCUACGUGGGCUCCAAGGGCUCGCCUGAAGAAGCUCUGAAUGCGCUGUCACUGCCAAUGGAAGUCUUGGAGACCCAGCUGCAGGAAUUCGGGCGAAUGCCACGCCAGCUUUUUUUCGAGGCCCACCCACCCAGGCUGAGGACCCCAAAGUGGCCCCUGAGCAAGCUCCAGGAGGAGCCUGGGCAGUCGGAGCCCUGGUACAAGGCCGUGCGCAGCAUCGCGCGUGAGAGCCUUGAGGGCACCUUGGAGAGGACAGACUUCGGAGCUGAGGGCCAGGGCUACAUGGCACCGGCUGUCAACGGAGCCAAGACGAGUCCGCCGGAGAGGCAAGCGCCACAAGCGCAACUGCCUGGGCCGCAGGCUGCGCCGUUCCAAGGCGGAGAGUUGUGGCGGUCGCGUGCAGGAAGCCUCUCGAGCCUGCGAUCUUUGAACGCGCAGGUGGUGGCUCCUUUCGCGUUGAGUGGAGGCAUUACGGGCAUGGCCAGUUGCUCCACGAACCUUUACGCCGUUGGAGAAGAUGGGUGCUUACGUGUGAGCCCGUUGCCGACCGGCUUAAGCGCUGCGUCGGCACAGGUGUCCUCUCGUCGCAACUUCCGAAUCUCACCGAUGCCACUGUCUGCUGUUGCGGCGCUCGACACGGAAUUACUGGCCUUGGGAGGUCACGACAAUGCAGUCGUUCUAUACUCCACCUCUUGUGGCUCCUCCUUGUCACGCAGCCAAAUGCACGCUGACACUGUCACUUGCCUGAGUGCGAGCCCAUGUCGCACGAUGCUCGUGUCGGGCUCGAGAGACCAGUCGAUUGUGACUUGGACGCUGACAUCGGCCAGCCUGAAGAGCGAGACGAUCUUUGACGACCUACAGCAGCCGGUGGCUUGCGCCGCCUGCUCUGGGCCCCUCGUUCUGGGCGCUUCCGACCAGCAGCUCCCGGGAUUUUUUUGGAUUUUGUCUUGUCUGCAUCUUUGA